ACAUGUUUUUACAUCCCUGAUAAUCAGAAGACUGCCAGACCAUCGAUGAACAGUCUUCGUCGCCGGCCCCGAGGAGCUGAGUGGUAGUCACUCCUCACCGUGUCCUGCACAGGGAAGAGCUACAGAGAACCAAACUUUCCAUCAACUGCGAAACCUUCCUCAGACAAGUACCCUGCCUCCUCCCCGCCAUGCUCACCCCCUCCACAUUGCUUCUAGUCGUCAGCGUCGUCUCUCUCCUCCCUCGUCCUCCUGUCGCUACUGCUGGUGGUCUUACAGGCAAAAGUGUGAGAGACACAUAUGAUAAGGACAUGGUUUGGUCAGAUUCUCGCUACCCGGUGGGGAACCCCAGACGCUGCUUACAGGAGUCGGCCAGCAACAACUUCUUGAUGGAGAGAUUCGAGGUGUUGCCUGGCAACGGAUGGGACAACCUGCGCAAUGUAGAGCAAGGACAGGUCGUGGCCUUCAACUUUUCUCAAUGUCGGACGACAGACGACGGGCGGUUCCUGCUGCCGGACACAGUGACCGCCGUGCCUUUGAAAAAAAGCCGACUGCAGGUGUUCGCGGAACUGAUCGCCAGCUGGAAGGACUGGACAAGCGUGACGUCACGAUCAGUCAACAUGGACGCUGGUCUUGAAAUUCCUGACAUCAGCAUCAGCGGCAGGUUCUCAGCCUCUUUUGAAGACAUGAAAUCCAAGCUGGUCGGGGACAAGACUCUGGCAACUCGUACCCAGGCUCGCUACAUCAGGUAUUCUGUCCACCUGCAGCCGGACACCCCCCUGCACCCCACGUUUCGCGGUCGUCUGCUGGAGGUGGCGGCGGCUCACAAGAUGCAGGACCCGAUGUCGGCGCGCUACCUGGCGCAGCUGCUGGUCAGAGACUUCGGCACGCACGUCAUCACCAGCGCCGAUGCUGGUGCAGCGCUCAUCCAGGUCGAUCAUGUAAAGGAAGAUUGGAUGAAAGAAAAUUCUGCCAAGAAAAGUGAAAUCUUGUCCUUUGCCUCGGCCUCGCUGUACAGCGUCUUCAACAUGAAGACGUCCUUUAACUCCACGGCAACCUCCAACUUCCAGUCCGACUACAGCAAGCAGCGCACCUCGUCGGUGGUGGAGACCUUCGGGGGGCCUCUCUACAGACCCGCCAACUUCACACUUAACCAGUGGGCUCAAGAAGCGGACAGAGACCUGGUGGCUCUGGAUCGCUCAGGCGACCCCCUGCACUAUUUCGUCACCGCGGCAACGCUUCCUGAACUUCCGGCCUCGAUUAUAACGGAGGUUCAAAGGUCAGUGUUGGAGGCUGUUGAGACCUACUACACCUACAACGUUAUCCCUGGCUGCCUGCAGCGGGACUCCCCCAACUUCAGCCCCUCCGCCAACGUCGACGACGGCUCCUGCCUGCAGUCCACCUCCCAGGUAACCUUCGGGGGCAUGUAUCAGACCUGCGCCUUGAAACCUGGCUCCGACAACGGAAACCUCUGUGAAGGAAUGACACAGCAAAACCCUUUGACCGGUGACUUUUCCUGCCCUGCCGACUACGAGCCUGUGCUGCUGCUGCAAGGUGAUGCGCAGGCCCGCCGCACGGAGAAAAGCUGCUCGCGGUAUUUGUUGUUCUGGAAGCGAUGCACGGACACCAUCCGCAGCAGCGUCGCCACCACCAGCACGUACUGGUGCGCGACAACGGGGUCAGAGGGGUCAACGUCAGCACCAGGAACACCCGGGUACCUGUUCGGUGGUCUGUACACCUCCUUCGUGCCCAACCCGGUCACACAGAGUCCUUCUUGCCCUCCCGGCUUCCUCGCCCUGCACGUGGGCUCAGCACGUGAUCUUCACGUGUGCAUCAGCGACGAUAUGGAGGUGGGCGCCAAGGGGGCCGUCCCCUUCGCUGGUUUCGUCAGUUGUCGCGCAGGGAAUCCCUUCGCAUUCGAUGGCGACGCGGUGAACAGAUUGCUCACAUUCUACAAGACCAGGACCGACGAGUGGCCUCAGAGAUGCCCCCAGGGUUACAGCAAGCACCUGGCGACUGUGGACCAGGGCUGUCAGGUCAGCUACUGCGUACGGACGGGCGCCAUGGCUGGCCUCCUGCUGCCCCCCGUGCAGCGUCCGCCCUUUGUCAUGACCCCGGCGGUCAUUUACGUUGACCCCUCGGCAAACGAGAAACAAACGUCGACCGAGAUGAUGACCGGUGACCGACCGUUGCAGGCGGUGACUCCCGAAGGUGCAGCUGGCAUGGCGGUGGGCGCCUGUGCGGGCAGCGUGCUCCUGGUGCUGGCGGUCACACUGCUUGUGCGCUACCGUCGCAGACGAGGAGAACAGGCGUACCACAGGCUGGAAGAGUCUUUGAUUAUCCCCAAGUCUUGUGACUUUGGUUCCUCAGGCAACGUCUCAUACUCGGAAAUAUGAGCCAAGAAGCAGCAACCGUUCUUAAGGCUAGCUUACACAGACACCAGCUAGAAAAAUUUAUUUGCUCAUAAUUAUUUAGAGUCCGAUGACCUGUGAAUGAAGUCACCAUAAUGUCAAAGCAAAACAAACCAACAAUGCCAAGGUUUGAACAUUCCUCGAUAAAAAUGAGCAGAAAUUUUUUUGAAAAAAAAAAGAUGCUACUUUAGAUAAUAUAACAGGUGGAUUUGAACGUGACAGUUUUAACUUCGACUUCAGUAGACAGUGAGGACUGUGGGCUAUGACUUGGUUUCAUUUGCUACAAAACUGCGUUUUCUACAAUCUACUCCACACAUUUUAAAAUAUUGCUUAAUUUUACAAAGCUGUAAAAAAAAGUAUACUUGACUUGUACUUGACUUCACGACCUGUUGUCUAUUUGUACCCAUAAUCUUUAGUGCUUUCAUCUGUUGAUGUUAUCCCGGCAAGCUUUGUCUCAAGUUUUGAACACACACACAAACUACACUCAAAGGUCAGCAACAUCGUUAUACAGAUCAAAAGGAAGCAAGUUAUUCGCAUGAGAAACUUGUAUCAAACUAAUAGUUGGAAAUCACAAACCAGGAAUAUUUCAUUCUUUCUUCUUCGUGUUUUCCUAACUCAACAAGACUGAUCUUUUAGUCAAAGUAGUAAAGACUACAAGAGCCUUGCUGCUAGUCCGCUGACCAACAGUUUGUUACCGGUCAUGUUAUGCUGUCUAGUGUUAAUUGAUUUAGUUUAGUGGUCAGGGAGGCAUGGAAAACUCCUCUUUUUAAUUAAGAAAUACUGUGUAAAUAUUGCUGCUUGUUUUUUCCGACUCUUAAGAAACAAUAAAGUUUCUAUUUGCUUA